GAAGCGGGCGGAAGUGACCUAGUCGCACAGCUUCUUUCUCGCUCCUCCUUCUUCUCUGUGGCGGUUCCGUUCAGCUGCUGUCUCCGGGGCGGCAGGUGACAGGGUUGGGGGGCCGCUUCCCUCCCCGUUGGCGACGCUCCCGCCGCGCGCGGGGCCGGCGGAGGAUGUCGGUGCCGUCGCUGCAGCGGCUCCGCCAGGUGCCGCGGCACCUCCUGGUCUGCGAGAAGGGGCACGCGCGGGACGCGCGCUCGCGGCACGCGGCGCACGUGCGGGACCACGCCUACAACUGCCGCAACAGAUUUUGACAUGUGAUUUACAUUACAAAUAUGUUCCUAAUAGGUGUCUUUUUUGAUCCCUGAAUGUGGCAUGCUACCUGAAGUACUGAAAAGUACUAUUGCAGAUGUUGGAGAGUACUACUUGGUGAGGAAUUUAUCAGUUCAUGAAUUGGUCGCUCACGAAUUCAUUGAUGCUUUUGUGAAGAAAGGUUCAUGCUAUGCACUUACCUAUAACACAAAAAUUGAUCAAGAUAAUACUGCAGCUCUGCUACCAACUGGAAAACUAAUACUAUCGGUGGAUAAGGAUACUUAUGAGGAGCUUGGACUGCAAGGUCGCCCUUCUCAGUAUUCUGGCAAAAAAGCAAUGAGAUAUAUUGUAACUAUCGACUUGACUGAUUCCACCUUUCACCCUGAUAGCAAGAAACAUAACAGAGUGCUUUGGGCCUUGAAAGAAAAGAAACCUUUAGAAUUUGACUUCUUACUGGCUUGGUAUAAUACAGGUGCAGAGGGAUCAACAUUGAUGUCAUACUUCUCAAAAAAACAAAUACAGCCCCUGAAGCCAAAAAUAACAUUCAGCACACUAAGGGACUUGCAGUGUCCAGUGUUACAAAGUAAUGAACUACAAGGAAAGCCAGAAGAGUCCUGCAGUACAGAGGAACUGUUUGAAUGGCUAGGUGCUGUCUGGAAUCAAGUUAGCUUAGACAACAAAUCAUCUAGCUUCUUAUCAACCUAUUGCUGUCCUCAGCCAAACAUGAUGGUGGAAAAAGCUUUUUUGUGCACAAUCACAGGCUUUAUAAUUCCUGAGAAGAUAAUUCAGCUAUUGGAGCAGCUAUGUUGCUAUUUUGGUGAACCAAAACUGGCAUAUUGGCUGACCUUAACUGUGCAUGGCUUUGCAGACAGCCCUGUUUCCUGGAGAGAAAGUGAACAUGGCUUCCACAAGGGAGGAGAGAAUUUGUACAACUUUGUCAUUUUUAGAAAUCUGGACUACUGGCUUCAGAUGGCUGUAGGAACUUACGAUGAUUGUCCUCCAUGAAGCUACAGAAGACUUUUUCUAAUAAUCCUAUGUCACUGUAUAAAAACCUAAGAAGACAGUUUUUAUAAAGUAAUUAGGUAACAGGCUAAGUACUAAGAGGCUGUAUAUGUUUUUCCAUUAUUUAUUAGCCCUUAAAGGUUGACAUACAAUGGAAGAAUGGAUUUUUGUUUCUUCACUGUCAUACAGUGUGUACUGAAAGACUUCACAAUACUAGCUUUAAGAAAAAGAUACGUUUUUGAGAAUGUAAGAUCUCAGGAAUUGACUGUAGGUGGUUUCCUUUUAUCCAGGAGUAAUUUUGGAAUUUGAAAGCUUGUUUUACAGAUUGCUAGCUAUAAUAUUUGGGAGGAAAACUUAUUUUGAGAUUUAGUGUUUUCUUUCUUUACAUUAAAGAGCUGUAAAGCCUUCAGUUAAUUUUUAAGACUUUUCAGCCUACAGCUGGCAAAUAAGAAAUAAAAGGGAAAUGUGUUCUCCAUAAUUUGGUAGCGGGGGAAGAAAAAAGGUGAGGAGAAGGAGGCUGGUGACAGUGGGAGAAGCACCCAUUGAACAUGGAAAAAAUAAAGGUUUACUGACUUGCUUUUUGGAUUUCGCAAAUGACAGUUAUCAGAAAUAAGAUAGUCUUUAACAAUGAUGGAAAAGGCUGCUGCUUGCUUUCUUAAUUGAUUUCCACACACACUCCCAUCCUCACCAACUAUCUACUUUUAAAAGUAGCUUGUUGUUCUUGUUUACACGACAACUCACAGAGCUACAAUUUCACUGUCACACUAUUGCAGACACAUUGCUGGGGAGAGUGCGCUAAAACAAAGCAGUUGAAGUGAAACAGGUUUUGUUAACAAUAAUCAGUAAUGCUGAGGGUAUGAGCAGCUACCGAGAAUCCAAGUUAACUUUUCUUGAAGUCUGUGAAAGGUCGUAUGGUGAUUUGGGGUGGAGGGGAAAUGGGCUUUAUUUGAUUUUUUUUGUUUUGUUUUAUGCAGUGAGUAUGUAUCAUUAAAGUACCAAUAUAGUGCUGAAAUGGAAGGUGUUCCCUUGAUGAAAUGAGAGAUUGGUAGGGGAAGCUAGGGUACAGCUGUACUGGAAACAUCAAGAUCUAUCAGGCUGAGUGGCACAGAAAAGCAGAAAGCCCAUGGGAAGCAGUUGAGCUUUCUUUUUUUUGUCUGUUUAUUGGUUCUCUUCAGUGAGGAGAAUCAUCCUGGAUGUUUUACUGGGUGGUAUUUGUUUGUCAUACACCCCCACUAAACCUCUUUUACUCAAGUUUGUUACAUGUUUCACAAGCACAACUCUGACAAGUCAGCAAACAAUUUUCUAAAUCAUUACAAUGUAUUUCAAAAUUAUCCUUCCAUUACAUGUUUCUAUUAGGUUACCAGAGAAGAAGUGCAGCCCUGUCACAAGUACAGAUAUAGACUCACAUGAUUACAAACUGAAUGGACAAGAGUCUGGGAAGGUUCUUGGCUUGAUACUUGACUAGUAAAUAUUUAACAUGACUGUCUCAAACAUGUUUCAUUACUAGGCAUCAGUGCAAAUGGUUUCACUUGUUGGCUAAAGUCAGCUUUUGAGAGUGUCUGUUGAGGGAUUAUACCAUGUGUCAACUUUCACAAAAGAGAUUAAUAAGCGGAAGUGUCUUUCUUUCUCCCCUUGAUCAGAAGGCCUCUUAAAAGCUUGGACUUCUUAUGGAAGUUAUACCUCCAGCAAAAGUUCUAAUACAAAGUUAAAAAUCUGGGCUCGUUGGUCUAGGGCUAUGAUUCUCGCUUAGGGUGCGAGAGGUCCUGGGUUCAACUCCCAGACAAGCCCUCUUUGGUUCUUAGGUACAUGGUUUAGUGCUAGAUUUAGGUUAGGUUAUGGUUGGGCUCGAUGAUCCUGAGGAUCUCUUCCAACUGAAAUGAUUCUGUGAUCUUAAAUCUUUAUGAACUUAAAGUUGAAUGAAGUUUGCAUCUAUUGCAGCAAAUACACUAAUCUUCUUGUCAGAUUCUAGUAAAACUAUUUCCCCCCACAAUGUGUGUAUACACACACAAACAAGUUUAAUGUAUACUGCUUGGAAAAAACACAACUGCCACUCAGAAGUAAGAAUCUUGUAUUGGUGGGUUUGUUUCCCUUAACCAAGAGAUAUGCUUCAUAAUACUCCCAGCAGGGCUGCAGCAGCUAUUGGCCUUGUCUCUGAAAUGGCAGCAGUAGGACCAGGUGAAGUGAUUUUCUUAAUUGGCACCUGGUUGCAGAGCACCUUGAGGCAGCUGCUGCAGAAGUGCUGGUGGUUAUGUGGUGAUAGCCUCACUGAGACAAUUCUGGAAGACAAGCUGAGAAACAGGGAUUUCAGCUCUAUUAGUUCUGCUCAGCAUGUGAGUAUUAAAAUUAAUCUUCUAUGGAUAUCUAGGGAAAUCUCAUCAGAUUGGUCAGCAGUUCCCUUUGCCUUCUAUCUACAUAGGCAAGGGACUGUAAAUAUUUCUCAAAGCCCAGUGCUACAGGCAGAGUCAUUUGGCUGUGCUGCUUUCCCUGGUUUCUUCUGAUGGUUGCUUCAAAUGGCUUUUCCAGCUAAGGAAGGCAUUAAAAUCCUGUCUUUGGAUCUUGCAAAUUAUGUGAGAUGCUGAGUUGGUUUCUGGCUUUUUGCUGUUUUCUUUAAACCUGCACAAAGUAUCAUUGAAAACCUUGUGCUAUUAGUAGUUGGUGCAGUUGAUCUACUCUUAGACCGUGCAAGAAGAUAUUGCAUUAACCAGAUCUGUGCUUUCCUAGCAAGAUCUGAUGGUGUGCCUGCCUCCUAAGAGGCUCCUCUGCUUGCUGCACUUUGUAGUUGCACAGCAGAGAAAUUGGAUGGUGGAACUGAUAUCUUUCUUGCUACCUGCGAACAACUCUGCCCUAAGGGAAGAUUUUCCUAGGAUAAGGGACAGCAGCCGAUUCCCUAUUGUCUGUAAGGACAGAUGGAAUACUCUGUCCCUCCAGGAGGCUCCUAAGCAUGGGGGAGACUUGCUGAGAAAAGGAACAGUGAUGCAUUGCUGGCAUGCUUGGGGAACAAGUUAGGAGGGAAGAGCUGGGACUGAGCCAAGUGGGAAGUAAUUCAAGGAAGAAUUGGGCAGGGCACAUGAGAUGGAGAUAAAAGUUUCUGCAUGAGAAUGAAAGAUAGCUGCUGGUGGUUUUCUUGCCCUUUGUGCCUGUGAGGGAGGACAGGAGAACGCAAAAGGUUCCUGAGAGCUGCAAAAGUAAUAGGGAGCAGCUGUGCACCAGCUGCUUCUGAGAUUAAAGGGCUGAGUGCUUACUAAGAAGUUUUGCCUCUGGGGAGUGUUUUAUCUACCAUAGGGAAGGAGAGCCAAAUAUGUGAAUGCAGAGACAAGCCUGGGGCAAGCUGGUUUCCUGAGUAGAGGUUUUUGUUGUCCUGGUAUGUGAAUAGGCAGUGAUAACACAGACCUUGAGAGCUAGGGAACUGCUCUGCUUCAACCUCAGCCAUCUACUGAGCAUUCCUGCCUCGCAGCUGGUGGAAGCAAAGGGAAUUUUGUUGAGAGGUUACUGGAGAGUAGCAGAACUGGCUGGGAAUGGGCUGUAGAGAUCAUGUAUAUUCCAGCCACAUGUUUGAGUAAGUGGUUGUGUGUAUUUAGGAAUCGGUGGGUGUGGAACAAAUAGAGAACAAAUAUUCAUGUUGACAAAGGGGAGGAAAAGCUGAGGCAGUUGGAUAGCGUGUGUUAUGCAAAAUCACUCAAAACAGAAUAUAUUUGCCUUUUGGUUUGCAAAUGCUGAGUCAGGAACCUGUCUGGACAAAUAAAGGUAUGUGUCCCAUAAUUGCAAGAAUGGGAGACCAACAGUGGUGGUAGUAUUUUAUGCCUACUAGUGUCUGUUAGCAUGGGGGACUCUGAGAAAGCUAAAGAUAAGGAUGAGAAAAAAAACUUUCACUAUCAGAAUAGAUUCUGGAGAUGCUGUGGUUGCAGAGGGAAAACAGCAAGAUUUGGUACAGUUUAGACCUGGGCAAUGCAGGCGAGAAAAGAAUGAGUGCUAAUCUAAGGCUACUUGGAAGGCUGGUGACAGGGCUUAAUGGAAGGAGAAGCAUAAGCUUUGUUGUGGCUGCAUCAUGCUGUUGUUUACUGGGGAAUAAUAUGCAUUUUGGAAAGGCUAGCCAAGACACAAAGUUGGAUGUUUUAUUGGGGUGGGGGAAAAAAGGUCUCCUAUGUCGUCAGCCUGGGGAUUACAUAGCAAUCAUGGGAGUGAGGGAGAUUGCUCAAAGAUGGGCUAUAAUGUUUUUGUUGGAAAUAAUUUGUGUGCUUUAUUAUCCCUUGCCACAGGCUGCCUCUUUUUGCUUUAUCUCUAAGGUUUCUGAGAGUGUUACAGAAAAGAAAAGAUUUAAAACUGU